AUUAUAAAACAGCUUUUAACAUACAACUAGAUUCUUACCCGCCCUAAAGGGCGGAGAUUGAUUUGUCAAAUUUUAAUUUUAAUAUAUGUUAUAUAUAAUAUGUGCAUAUAAUAUUAUAUAUUUUUGUGUACUAUAUAUAUAUAUAUAUAUAUAUUUGUUUGAGUUUUUUGAUAAAUUUUUUAUUCAAGAUAGUUAUAGUAGAUUUGAUCAAAUCUAAUAUUAUUAUGAAUUAAAUAAUGAUAUAAUGAUCCACGUUCUUAUAGUAGAUUUGAUCAAAGUUAAUUUAAAAAUAUAAAUAUGGGUUCAUAUAAAUUAUGAUUUGAUCAAAUCAAAUAUAUCUUCGUAUCUAGAUGAUAAUCCACAUUUAUAUAUCACCUUUACAUACUGUGAUAUGAUGCAGGUGAAAAGUAAAUAUAUGAAGGUAAAGUUAUAUGAACAUAAGCAUACACGGUCUUUGUAUUGAAGAGAUAUUAUAAAUGAGUCGGACAUUUUUUCUCUUAUGUUUGGAAUGAUUUGGAACUCGUUGAUUUAUGAGUGGUUCAGUUUUUUAUGAUCUAAUUAUAUUAAGAGAUAACCAAAAAUAUUUUAAUUAUGUUAUUGGUUAAGUUCAAUCUUUCUAGGUUGGUAAAGAUUUGGUUUAAUUUAAGUUGAUAGGUUGCAUUUUAUAGGAGAAGUGAUAUAUUCUAGUAACAAUUAUGAAAGAGUCCAAAAUCUAAAUGACAACUUUAAGUAGUAGAUAAAAACCAAUCCCUAAAUUAAUAGAUUAGAUGUAUUUAUAUUAUCUUCAAAAUAAAAAAUGUAUAUUUAAUAGAGUAUGUGGAACCACAUUUAAGCAAAAAAAAAUUGGAACCACAACAAUGAACAUCUUUACUUACUUAUAUCAUGAUCCAUAUUUUCAAUAAAUUUACUUUCGUUAUUUUGUAAAAAUCACAUCUUUUAAUGAUAUAACAAAAGUUAUGUUUUGGUCAAAAUAGCUGAAGAACUUCUUAAUCUUUUAAUUUAAUAUAUAAAAAAUUAUAUUAUCCAUUCUGUGAAUCUGAAUAUGUUGUUCGUUUAGACAAUAUUUUCGUCAGGAUAAUGCCAUUUUCUACACUUUUAAAUCUUGAUCUCAUGCUUUACUUUUUGGACAAAAAAUCACACAUCUAUAAAAUUAAUCAAUCAGAUGACCUUAACAAAAAAAAACGCUGCAGAGAAAACCAAUUCCCUAGACACAUUUCACAUUUCACUAUUAUUUUCCUCCCUAAAAAAACCUUUUCCAUUGUCCUUUUUCAGUUUUUCACUUUUAAGAUUAAAAUUCACUUUCUUCUCUUCCUCUUCAUCGUUUCCCUCCUUUCACUCUCAACCAGAGAUUCCUUCGAUCAUCUUCCCAAACAUGGGAAGAUACAUAAAGAAGUCAAAGAUCGCCGGCGGAGCCCUUCCAGCAAAAGAUAUCUCUCACCAAACCGCUUCCAGUUUUCGCACCAGAGCCGCCAAGAACCUCGCCCUGCAGCGUCUCCGAUCUCAUUCCACCCCGCCGUGCGUCGACGCAGACUCAUUUCGCUACCUCCAGCUCCGGAGCCGCCGUCUCGUUAAGCUUCCGUUACUCGCCGACACAAGAAAACAACAGCAGAAACAGCUUAUAAACAGUGUCGGUAAACGACAGACGACCAACCCUAGAGCUAACUCGGUGUUGUCGUCAGAGCCGACGAAUCUGGAAGAAGACUGUGGUAGCAACUUGGUGAACUCUGGGUCUGGUUGUAGUUUUGGAGAGAAAGGUCUCGAGUUCGAAUCUGGAGACAGAGAAACGACGCCGUGUAGCUUGAAAAGAGACUCAGAAGAAGCUAUACAAAGUGUGCCUUCUCAUGAGAUUGAAGACUUCUUUGCAUUCGCAGAGCAGCAACAACAGAGAUUCUUCACUGAAAAGUACAACUUUGACAUAGUGUCGGAGAAUCCAUUGCCAGGACGUUACGAAUGGAUCAAAGUGGUGCCAUGAACUGGUUUGGCUGUAACAUGAUGUUGUAAAGUUGUGUGAUUCAUUAGGAAGAUCUGUGUUGGAACAGAGGCAAUGAAAAAUUGCACACAGACUAACAAAGACUAGCCUACUAAAAACCCCAAACAUAAGGUUUUUUUUUAAGGGGCUUGGGGUUAACUUGUUAGUUAAGGUAAUAAUAAUGUAAUGUUUUUUUUUGGAUUAAUGGUAAUAAUGUAAUGUUUUAAUCUCUCUAAUUUGCAAGAAAUAAAAAUAUAAAUUUAAAUAUUUA